AUGGUUCUGGCGACGCAGGUAUUUAACCCCGGCAACAGUGAUGGGGAUAACAUGGACUGUGGCAAUACCAUCGCUGCCGGUGUCGCCGGCAACACUGGCGGCGGAGCCUGCAUUGUCGGCUGUACGACCCCCACGCAGCAGUCCGGCGUGGCAGAGGGUGAAAUUCUGAAAUGGAUAUCUCCACCGGAACUCCUGGACAGGCACCAAGAUGUGCAGCAGUGUCGGUUCGAAGGUGUGGGAACUUGGCUUCUCCAAACAAGGGAGUUUAAUGAAUGGGCAUAUGGAUCUGCUGAUCCCACACUCUUCUGCUAUGGUGACCCUGGAGUUGGGAAGACUUGCAUCAGGUACGAUAGAAGAAGUUUUGAUCAUUCACAUGCAUUGCUAACCGGCAGAAACUUUAGCUCUCUAGUUAUUGACACCUUGUGUCCCCGUGUCGGACAAAACUUCCGCGUGUUAUACCUGUAUUGCCACUAUCCUACGUAUAAAAAGCUAUCCGCCGCAGAUCUGAUUGCCGGGCUUCUUAAGAAGGCUAUGACUGGGCUAGAUGGGAUCCCUGAAGAAGUGAGUCGAGAGUUCGAGAAGUCUAAACACUAUGAAGGUGGUCGGAGGCGGCCGCUUCUCUUGGAUGUUGUAAAUAUGUUAUACGCAGUUCUUACAUCCUUUGAGCGGGCGUUUAUAUGUAUCGACGCAUUAGACGAGUGUCCGUCGGGGCAAAGGAUAGAACUUCUUAAUUCCUUGGAGACGCUUAUCCGACAACCAUCAAAAACCCGACUCUUCCUCACUGGUCGGCCACUGAUUCAUCGUGAAAUCGAGCAGUAUCUCAGCAAAAGUGCGCAAAUUGUAUCCAUCAAACCUAACGAGGGUGAUAUCAAGGAAUACAUCACCCAAAGGCUGGACCGGGACCCAAACCCAGAUGAGAUGAAUUCUCAGUUGAGAACUGAUAUCAUGCGAAUUCUUCCUCAUAAAGUGUCGGGAAUGUAUGUAGGGGUAGCGGUAUUGUGCGUCAUUCGCUGAUAAUGUCUAGAUUUCUGCUGGCAUUCUUAAAAAUGAAUGCAAUAUUGGAAGCGGUAAACGUACACGAAAGAAAGGCGAGACUCCUAGCGAUGGAAGACAGCCCGGAGCUGCAGCGUGAGUAUAGUAAAACACUGCAUCGAAUAGUCGAGCAGGGCUCCAACAAACCAAAGCUCGCUCUUACGGUUUUAAUGUGGCUUGGUUAUUCGAAGCGGCCAUUGCAUGCCGACGAACUGAGCCACGCCUUAGCGAUUAAAAAAGGGUCAAGAAGCACCAACCCCGAGAACAUUCCUUCAGCCCGAGCAUUAUCAGACUGCUGUUUAGGACUUGUUAUUGUUGAUAAGGAAGCAUCGACCAUC